AUGAAUGAUCAAAUCGAAGAAGAUUUUGUUAGAUUGCUUGUUAAUGAAGCUUUGAAGGAUUUACCACCAUCCUCACGUAAUACUAGACAACGUCGAUGGCGCACAAACCGAACAAAGAAACCUUACUCACCAACUUCACCAGUAUUUCUUCAUUAUAAUCAACAAAUCGAAGAUACAAAUUUAUGUUUACCACAUUCACCAGUACAUCUUCCAUCUAAUGAACAAAUCGAAGAUAUGAGUCUGUGUUCACCACCUGUCGAUGAUGAAUACUCAAAAUAA